AUGGAAAAGAAAACUUUUAAUACCAAGAGGGAUAUUGCAGAGAUUCUUGCAGAAAUUCAGCGGGGGUCAGAUGUUGAAUUUGAGGACUCAUCUGACUCUGAAAGCAGUAAUGAUGCCGGCUCCGAAGAGGAGGCAUUAUUUAUGAGCGACGUGGACCCAGUGUAUGAGUGAGUAUUUGCAUAUAUUUAUGAGGCUCAGUGUUGUGUAAAUUGAUAUGCACGGUAAAAAAAAAAAACACAGUAGUAAUUAUGGCAAUUCAAUAGUACUGAAUAUUACUGCAGUUUCACAGUAUUUAUUUAUUUUGGGCUAACUUUGCUUGCAGAUACUGCAUUUUAUCUGCCUUCAUAAAUAUAUUUGAUGAAAAAAAAAGACAUAUGAAGUAAAUAUAAAUGCAAACAAAAUGUAGUAGAGGCGAUAGCUUCUCAAUUUAUUGAAUGUUUACGUACGUCCACAGCUUUUGUGUCCCUCAGUGAAAUGUACAAAUGUUGUUUAUUUUUGUUCUACAUAGUAAUUUAUCACCAUUUUCACAGCCACCAAGAAGAGGAGAGUGAAGCACAAGCAGGCCCAUCUGGAGUUUUCACACCUCCAACAGUACCUGCGGCAGUCACCCCUCCCCCACCCUUGUCUGCAAGAGAGGUGUCACCACUUGAAACAAGGUUUGUGUGCUGAUCAUUUGUGUAGUUUGGGUCUCUAAAAGAAAUAAUACACUCUGUACUGCUUCAAUUAUGUAUUUAUAUGUCUUAGUCUUUGAAGAAAUUGAUGUGAAUCAUCAGUCUUCUAAAUAUGUUUCUUUCAACAUCUGUACUCCUUUUUUCAUGCAACAGUGAGGAGGGAAAAGAAUGUGAAGAGUAUGUGCCACCACAGCGCAGAUCCUCUUCAUCUUCAAAUUCCGGGCCCUCUUCCCCCGACCCCAAGAGAGCUUGUAGCUGUGGUCGUGUCCGUGGUUGUGGCCGUGGCCGUGGAGGGCAAGCCAGCAAGCGGCCAAGACCAGCUCCUGUACACCCAGAGGCUCAGCAUGAGAGAUGGCACACAAAAGAAGAGCCAGAUGUUGAGCCUCCAACACCACGGUUUGAGCCCAAGCAUCCACCUGGACCCAGGAUCGACACCACGGUACAGUGGUCCCCACUCAGCCUCUUCAGGCUAUUCUUCAGCAUCAGCACCAUAAACACCAGAAUCAAUAAUACAAAUGCCAAUACUGCACAACGGUUGGCACAAGGUGCAAAGUACAAGUGGUCUCCCCUCUCAGGUGACUCUUUCUAUCUUUUCUUGUCAAUAGUCUUGUUCUUUGGCUUGGUACGUGUGCACUCCAGGAAUGACUAUUGGCGGAAGGACUGGCCGUACCAAUUUGUCUUUCCUAAGUGUAGCAUGACGAGGGACAAAUUUGAGGCCAUCUUUCGCUCUCUUCAUCUUUCUGAUGUUACAGAGGAUGAAGAGAAUGAAAGAAAAAGGGGAACACCUCAAUUUGACAGACUAUUCAAAAUCAAGCCACUUUAUGGAUUUAGGCAGUACAUGAGGGAUAAGCCUACAAAAUUUGGCUAUAAAUUAUUUGUAUUGGCAGACUCUAAAACAGGCUUCACCUCAAAUUUUCAAGGUAAAGAUGACACCAAGGUCAAACAGAGGGGACAGACGGAGGAUGGCCUUAGCAUCACAUCCGUCAUGGACCUAAUGAAGUUUGAUCUCCUUGGGAAAGGCUAUCAUCUUAACGUUGAUAACUUUUACACCAGUCCACGGCUUUUCUCAAAAUUACUGCAAAAUCACACUGUAGCUUGUGGCACCAUCCGGUCAAAUAGGGAGGGAUUUCCUAAAACAACCGUCAACAACCUCCCAAAGAAACCUGAGAGGGGAGACAUGAGGUGGAUAAGAAAGGGCAAACUACUCUUCGCACAGUGGAUGGACACAAACAUUGUGAACAUCUGCAGCACAUCCACAAGGCAUACAGUGGGGCCACUGUACAGAGGAGGGUCAAGGGACCAGAUGGACACUGGCACAGGGGUCCUAUUGAUAUGCUGGACGCAUGCAGGGACUACAAUAUAAACAUGGGUGGUGUGGACCUCUUGGGCGCUCUUAUUCAGUGUUACACCGUCCACAGCAAAACAAUGCGGUGGUACAAAACAUUUUUUUACCACUUCAUGGAUAUUGCUGUGGUGAACAGCUUCAUUCUCCACAAAGCAGUGGCCACCUGCCAGCCAGCCCUGGCCCGAGCGGUACCAACACCUGCAUGCCUGUGUUUAGGGGGGGGGGGGGGGGGGUGAUAGCACUCAGCAGCACAGGAAAUGUGUGGUCUGUGCGGCCAAGGAGGAGGAAAAGGCCAAGCAGAUGCAAGGCUACUAUGGCGUGUGGUGUAUUUUGUGGACCCAGAAGCAGACACAGAGACAGAUAGUAAAUUAAAGAUGUAAUUUUAAUGUCAAACUCAAGGGAAAAGGCACAAGAGAAAGUCCAGUUGGCUGGCUGGCUGUUGUGUGGGCUGGAGACACUGUGGAGAAAACUGUAAUAUUGUUUGUUGUGUUUUUCUGUGUUUUUUUUUUGUUUACCUGCACAUUCCAUUCCUUCAUAUUUACAUUGAUCACUUUAUAUUUUAUCUAUUUGUGUUACAUUUUGUGUACAAAAAAGAACUGCAGCUGGAAAGCCAUUCCAUCCCCUUAUUGCUCAUUGUAAAUAGUUUUGUUGCAUCUUUUACUUACAUUUCAUUUGCACUAAUUGUGUUUGCUGUGUUAUAUAUUAUCUAUUGUUUUUUAUUUUAUAUUUGUUGCACUUUUACUAUUUAUUUUACAUUGUUUGCACUAAGUGGUUGUUUGUUUGUCUUUUUGCACUAUUCUUUAAAUAAAAAUACUCCCUGUGGAGCCAAAAAAUGUAGAAUUUCCUGUUAUUUUUCAUUAUUCUAUAUCGCAUAUGAACAUAUAUAUUGUGCACAAUGGUAGAAAUUGAUGUGUCACAAGGUAAAUUUCAUAUCCAAAAGCUCCAAUAGUUAGUAGGAGACUAGUCUAGUGGAAAUUAAUUGUAAUUUGGAGCCAGUUUUCAUCAGAGGUAGAAAAUAAACCAUUAGGCACAAUUUGGCACUAAGUGUAGGCAGUCUAGGCACCGCGCUUUUCUCAAAGCUGCCGGUGCAAUCGACGGCUGCUAUGUACGAAUUAAGCCACAAAGCGGUCCUGAUGGUCACUGCUACAUAAACAGGAAACUGUUUGCCUUAAUUAUAAUGCAAGCAGUCUGUGACCAUCAGGGCCAAUUUAUUGACACUUACGUGGGCUGUGCAUGACGCCAGGGUACUCCGGCACAGCCCACUGUACAGGCAGAAUAUCUACCCUCCUCCAGGGCAUUUCAUUCUUGCAGACAGCGGGUAACCGUGCCUCCAGCACCCACUCCCCCUCAUCACUUCCUAUAAGCUGCCGGUGCGAGGUGUGGCAGCCCAGCGCUUUAACGGGGAAUCAUGCCAGGGCACACUCUGUAAUUGAGCGUGCCUUUGGCAUGAUGAAGACCCGCUUCCGUGCUAUCUUUUUAAAAGCGCUGGAGAUCCACCACACCUUUGUGCCACAGGUACGUCAUCACUGCACACAAUAUUUUUUUUAUACUUGAGUAUAUAUUAAUUAAAAAUAUGAAAACUUAUUAUAUAUUAUACUUAUAUUGUUAUAUUCUUUUAUUUAUUAAAAAGGUCUAUAUACUUUAUGUUCUUAUAAAUAUUCCUCUAAAAUUCAGGUCAUCACCGCUUGUGCCGUCCUGCAUAACAUCUGCCUGGGUGCCGGUGACACCAUGGCACCAGAAGAGGAUGUGCGGGAUGGCAUGCCGGGGGAUGAGGUGGAGGACAGGCUGGAGGCAGUCAGUGGUGCCCACUGGCGGGACAGAUUGUCUGCAGAGGUGUCGGCCCUGGAGGAGGUAGACCAUGACCAUGACUCCCAGUAA